AUGCUCCUGUGCGGUUUAAUCUUUUCGACCAUUUGGGCAGUGUUUUCGGUGCACUCGGUAUAUGGAUUCAUAGAUCAGCAACCGGACUAUAUUAAGACCUGCAUGAUAAAACAACCAAGAGACAUUUUUAUCAAUUGCUCAACUCAUUCUGUCCAAGGACUUUUUACCGAGAUUCCAAAAGGAAACCCCCAAAUUGGCUUAGAGAUUUUGGAUCCAUUAAAAAUACCAGCUUUAAAAAUUCUACAGGGUGGUGGCGGCCCAGUCACAGUGAACGCCUCACUGUCUGACGUCACGAUUCUUGGUUUCGCUAACACCAAAAUUUUGUAUAAUAGUGUCGACCCAAAAACCUACGAUUUUUACACGAAAUUGUUCCUACCGAGAUUGAGAAUCGAUGGAAAUUACGAACUCCUGGGAAGAAUUUUGGUCAUCCCUCUGCGUGGAAAAGGAGUAUGUUGGUUUGACGCCCAGAAUUUGACAAUCAAUGUGAAGAGUGACGUCAUUAUGGAAAAACACGACGGAUUCCACUUUUUCAACGUUACACAAGUUCAUGUCGAUUUCAGUGUGGGUGGUUUGAAAUUACAUAUGGGCAAUCUAUUUGAUGGUAUCAAGGCUUUGGAGGAUUCUACGAAUGCAUAUCUGAAUGAAAACUGGAGGCCUGUGGCAGAAUCACUCAGUCCGAUCCUGUCUAAAACAAUCGAAGACAUCAUGCUGGGCAUACUGAAAACUGUGUUCGACAAUAUUCCUGCAGAUUACUUCCUAGGAGAUUUGGGUCCAUACGAUGAAGCAGAAAUUCCCAAAGUAUUGUUGGCAUAA